GUCAUCCUCCGCACCUUCUAGAAGUUUGCAUAAAAAAUGAAUGAACCAAAGGAAAGCUUCAGAAACAUGGAUGUAGUAGGAGUUCUGAGAUCCUUGCCUCCAGAGGUGUUUGGAGGAAAUGCAGCAUUUUGGACCUCCAGUUAUGGAAUGUGGGCCUCGAUGACAAAUUGUUUGUGAGCGCUGAAGAAGAAGAGAAGUGCUCCUCCUACUUGAGCUGUCAGAGGAGGAAGUCUGCUCUGACAGGAAGCGGCUCUAACGUCUGCACUGCUGAGAGGUCAAGUCUCUGAAGCGUCUUUUUCACUUCUGCAAUCCUGUUCGAAAGUGUAAGUUUGUUUGUUUUCCUUCGUGAACUUUCACUUCAGUGACUACUGUCUCCAGAGACUUUCAACUCUCAGUUCAGUUUUUUUUCUUUUUUGCUAGAAAACAAACCCAGAAACCGUCAGAUUCCUGGAAGCAUCAUUUUUUUCUGUUCUCCUCAUUUUUACACAUUUAACCGUCGAGGAUUCACUUGUUUUUCUCUUCCUAGAAAGUGACUCAUUUCCUGGAAGAAGAAAACUUUGUAACACGAGAAGUCGCUUGCUCUUCCUGUGAAAACGUUCAAAUAUAUUUUUUUACAAUUAAGAAAAAGAAAUACAACAAAAUUGGCGGCAAAACAUGGAAAACCACAGAGGAGUUUUAUGUGGAGUUUACCGGAACUUAGACAGCCGUUUGGCUGCAGCCGCCCAGCAGAGCAAUGUUUAUGUUCCGGCAAAGUAGUCUAAACAUUACUGUACAACAAGCUACAUUUUCACAUUUUCAGCUAAAAUCCUGUUUGUGAACACUUUCCUUUAAGUCCAAACCAAAAGAGCCAUAACUGUUGUGGCGUUAAACAUUAACUUUGAGGGUUUUUUUCAACUGAAACCAGUUUGUGUGUACCACGUGUGUUGGGCUGCAGCUCCAUCUUCUGGAGAAAAGACAAAACCGUACAUACUUUGUUUUUUCUGAAGAUAGUAUCAGAUGAUCUGGAAGUGAAUCCAGCAAGCAGCACUGUAAGAGCAGAGAGGAGGGGCUCCUUCAGUCCAGAUCCACGGAUUGGAUCCAGAACAUCGGCACAGGGGUGGACCUGGAUCUGAACUGGAAUCUGGACCCAGAUGUGAAUCCUUGAGGAGAGCAUGUCCAAAGACGCCAUCAUUCAGUUCCAGGAGGGCGGAGCUUGUCCUCCAGAGAGGGGUGAACCUGGAUUCGAACUAGAAUCUGGACCCAGAUGGGAAUCCUUGAGGAGCAACCAGUCCAAGGACGCCAUCAUUCAGUUCCAGGAGGGUGGAGCUUGUCCUCCAGAGAGGGGUGAAUCCGGAUCCGAACUGGAACCUAGACCCAGAUGUGAAUCCUGGAAGAGCAGCAAGUCCAAAGACGCCAUCAUUCAGUUCAGGGAGGGUGGAGGUUCUCCAGAGAGUUGUCCGCCUGAUUCACAUGCUGCUCAGCAUGGAGAAGGUGACCAAGUUUCACAGAGUGAUGCUGAAGCACGGGAGUGCAAAGUCCCCUUCCCAAAAACUACAGGUCAGGACUUUGACAAUCAUCUAAACGUUUGCAGAGUUAAACUCCAGGGGAAGAUGAAAGUGAGACUCCAGGACAUAUUCCAAGGAAUCACCCAAGAUGGAGAGCCAGCUCCUCUAACUGAGAUCUACACCGAGCUCCUCAUGACAGAGGGAGGAACUGUAGAGGCCGGUGAGAAGCAUGAGGUCGGGCAGAUUGAAGCAGCUCUGAGGAAAGUGGUCACGGCUGAAACAACCAUCACACAGGAGAACCUCUUUAGACCCAGACCUGAAGGUGAACAUCCAGUCAGAACUGUGAUGACAAAGGGAGUGGCUGGGAUUGGGAAAACGGUCCUAACGCAGAAGUUCACUCUGGACUGGGCCGAGGACAAAGCCCACCAAGACAUCCACUUCACAUUUCCAUUCACUUUCAGAGAGCUGAAUGUACUUAAGGAGAAGUUCAGCCUGGUGGAAUUUAUUCAUCAUUUCUUCAUUGAAAUUAAAGAUGCAGGAAUCUGCAGCUUUGAAGACCUUCAAGUCCUGUUCAUCUUUGAUGGUCUGGACGAGUGUCGGCUUCCGAUGGACUUCAGUGACACUAAGACCCUGUCUGACAUCACAACACCUGCCUCAGUGGGGGAACUCCUGACAAACCUGAUCCGAGGGAACCUGCUUCCUUCUGCUCGCCUCUGGAUCACCACACGACCUGGAGCGGCCAAGCAGAUCCCUGCGGAAAGUGUUGACUUGGUGACAGAAAUCCAGGGGUUCAAUAACCAGCAGAAGGAGGAGUACUUCAGGAAGAGAUUUAGAGAUGAAGAGCAGGCCAAGACCAUCAUCUCCCACAUCAAGAACUCCAGAAGCCUCCACGUCAUGUGCCACAUCCCAGUCUUCUGCUGGAUCACUGCUACGGUUCUAGAGAACAAGUUGAACACUGGAGAGGGAGGAGAGCUUCCUCAAAGUCUGACUGAGAUGUACAUCCACUUCCUGGUGGUUCAAGCUAAAGCCAAGAAGCUCAAGUAUGGGGAAGAUUCUGAGAGAGAUUCAGAGUGUGAGAAGAUGAUCAAGUCUUUGGGAAAACUGGCUUUUGACCAGCUGCAGAAUGGCAACCUGAUCUUCUAUGAAUCAGACCUGAAGGACUGUGACAUCAAUGCAGAAGAAGCUUCCACAUACUCAGGAGUGUUCACACUGAUCUUCAGAGAGGAGAAGGGUCUGUUCCAGGAACGGGUCUUCUGCUUUGUCCAUCUGAGUGUUCAAGAGUUUCUGGCUGCUCUUCAUGUUCAUGCGACCUUUGUCAGGUCAGGAAUCAACCUCAUGGAAGAACAACAGGCAAACACUGGUGAUAGGAAACUGGUUCAAAGACAAUUCUACCAGAGUGCCAUAAACAAGGCCUUACAGAGUCCAAACGGACACCUAGACUUGUUCCUCCGCUUCCUUCUGGGCCUUUCCCUGGAACCCAAUCAGUAUCUCCUGCAAGGUCUGGUGACACGGGCUAAAAGUAUCACAUGUGUUAGUGAGGAAACAUGCGAGUACAUCAAGAUGAAGAUCCGGAAGGGCCUGCCCGCAGAUAAAAGCAUCAACCUGUUCCAUUGUCUGAACGAGCUAAAUGAUCGUUCUUUAGUGGAGGAGAUCCAAACCUACCUGAGGUCAGGGUGUCUCUCCAGAGAUCACCUGUCUCCUGGUCAGUGGUCGGCUCUGGUCUUCAUCCUGCUGUUAUCAGACGAUCUGGAGGUGUUUGACCUUAAGAAGUACCCUACUUCAGAGGAUGCUCUUCUGAGGCUGCUGCCAGUGGUUGAAGCCUCAAAAAAAGCGCUCUUGAGCAACUCCAACCUGUCAAGGAGAAGUUGUGAAGCUCUGUCAUCGGUUCUCAGCUCCCGGUCGUCAAACCUCAGAGAUUUAGACAUGAGCAACAACGACCUUCAGGAUUCAGGAGUAGAAGUUCUGUGUGAUGGACUGCGGAGUCAGCAAUGUGAACUGGAGACUCUCAGACUGUCUGGCUGUUUGAUCACAGAGGCGGGAUGCGCCUCUCUGGCUUCAGCUUUGAGAUCCAACCCAUCACAUCUGAGAACACUGGACCUGAGCUACAACCAUCCAGGAGGGGCAGCGGUGGAGUUGUCUAAGGGAAAGGAGAAUUCACACUGGAGACUGGAAAUGCUCAGGAUAGAACCUGCUGGUGAUAAGUGGUUGAAGCCAGGAAAAAGAAAAUAUUACCGUCCUCUCACCAUUGACACAAACACGGCGAGCAGAAGACUCCAAGUCUCCGAGGACAGAAGAGUGGCGACCUUCGUGACGGACGUUCAGCCAUACUCCGACCACCCCGACAGAUUUGAUGACCAGUGGUCCAAUCAGCUUCUGUGCACAGAAGUACUGAGUGGCCGCUGUUACUGGGAGGUGGAGUGGCGAGGAAGAGUGGAGGUGGCGGUGAGUUACCGAGGCAUCGGGAGGAGAGGAGACAAGAACAACUGCCGGUUUGGAAAGAGCCGCCAGUCGUGGUGUCUGAUCUGCUUUGACUGGGACAGUUACUGCGUCCGCCACGACAACAAGGAGACCCUGAUCACCUUCACCCCAUCCUCCUCUUCCUCCGCAGAGUCUCACAGAGCAGCGGUUUACGUGGACUACCGGGCCGGCUCUCUGUCUUUCUUCAGAGUGUCGGACUCGCCCAUGCACAUCUACACCUUUGACACCACGUUCACUGAAGCGCCUUAUCCGGGCUUUGAGCUGAGGGAGGGCUCCUCGCUGAGUCUGUGCUGAGUCCUAAAGCUACGCACCCACCGGGCAUCGUGUGCUGCGUUCAAGAACAUCCUCAAAAGUGCUUUUAGCAUGUGAUGCAGACUGGACUGUUGCUACCCAGUACUAGCGUGCGUACCUACUGCUGGAGGUGUGAAAAGUGGUGCUACUCUUUUUCACAGCUCUAUUCCGACAUCUGAAAGAUUUGUCAUCAAUGUCUCCUUUGUGAUCAUGUUUACAACGUUUGGCACUUCCUUGUUUGGGGAAAGACGUUACCCACAAGCCACUGCCAAAUCCAAGACCCUGAUUGGUCAAAGGUUAGCGUUGUUGUGAUUUGAUGAUGCAGAUGAAAAUAAGUCGGAUUCCUAAAACCUGAUUAUAAAUCAUAAAUUUCACUUUAAGUGUCUUUGAAAUCAUUUUUUUCUGUGGUUGGUUUGAUGUUCUAUUCUCAUACUUUAGUUUGCACUGGAAGUAUUAUCAUUCUACUGUGUAUUUUGAGACGUUUUUACACUACAUUUUUAGACAAGUAUGUUCUGUGGUUGUUUGUAGGAUUUCACCACUUGGGGGCGGUAAAGUCCCAAUGUUGAUGAGUCUGGUGGUGUUAUAGAAGAAGCUAUUUUGUAUUUAUUUCGUUUGUAAAACUCCAUGUAAAGUUAAGCUGAGAUGAAUAGAGGAAAACAUCAAAUAAACUGUGAUUUUUGUUUGUCAGACACAAAAAAGGAAAAAAUUAAACCACUUUUAACAUCAAAUUUUAGAGAAAUUCUAAUAUUUUUAUUCAUAUCACAACAGAAAAGUCGUUUUGGUUGCUUAGAUGAUGAAUAAUUCACUUAUAAUGUGACAAAAUGACCAGAUGUUUGUCUUUAAAACACUGAAAGCGACUGAUAAGAUGUGAUGGAAUAAAAGUCUGACUGAACUGGGAGUCUAAGGUUUGCCACAGAAAUAAAGAUUUGUUCAAAAGUGUAUUAAAGGAGUCAUGAAAUGAGCCACAUUUAAAACUGAAACAUGAUUUCAUGGAUGAAGCAGAACAAGCAGAAAUGAAGUUCAUUCAGUCACAAAUAACAAAAAUAAAGAGAAAAAAAA